AGAUCAAAAAAAGGAAAAUAAGAAACACAGUCGCUAGUAGCACAACAGUCUUUGCUGUGAGGUUUGAAAGAUGUGAAAGAUGAAGAUCAAAGACAGCCGUGACAUUAGUGUGUGGAGAAGAUGCUGAUAACGCUGUGCUACGUCUACAUGUGGGUGCGCUUCCAUAAGUGCUACUCGAUGCUGAUCCGCAACAGCCUGUUCAGACUGAGUAGCAGCAGCAGCCGGUUUUGCUUCAGUUUCUGCCCGAGUUCAGUGUCUGAGCCUGCGUCGGUACCAGCACCGCCCUCUGGACCGCAUGCAGCCGCUCCCCGAGUCAUCGCCGAGGACAACGUCUUCCUCCAGCUCGGAGACAAGGCCGUUUAUGUUACUGAGCCCCAGGUGUGUGACGACCUGAGCAAGUGGACCGUUCUUCUAGGAUCCUCUCUGGUUUGUGGUCCACAAAUAGAUAACAUUUCCUUCAUCAUAGAAGCUGCAGGGCCCAGAGUGGGACUUCUUUCUCCUCCCACAACCAAUAAGAAAGUGCUGAAGUGGUCUGACUGCUGCCUCCCUCUGGCCUGCAGCCCUGACCAGCCGUUCAGGGCGGUCGCUCAGGCCAGCAUAGAUGACUUCACUCGUCUUGGGGUGGCGUUCAUUGAAGGUCGACUGCAGCUGGACGAUGGACUCGUGCCUUUGAAGAUAGUCCCGGUUCUUCUUCAAGCUCGUACUCUAAGCAAACUGCUGAAGGAUCAGCAACAGCAGAGCGCAAACUCCUCUGCGACCAAAACAUCCGUCCCCGAAACCUUGUGUCAUCACCUGACCGUUGAACCGCAACAGCUUCAGGGCCGCAAAGGCAGCCUGUUUCUCCUCCCGGAGGUGAGGAGGAUGCUGGAGGAGCGGCGCGGGUCAGAGCCGCUCCCCAGCAGCCAAGUGUUGGGCCCGGUCAAUAACCUGGAUGAAAGCUGCUUGAGGAACCAUCACCACAUGGAGGGCCACGCCCAUCACCUCCAUCUUUCCAGCUGCAACGAGUGUUUGGAACUAGAGAACAGCACCAUCCUGUCGGUGAAGUACGCGUCGGCCGAAAACAUCCCCGACCUCCCGGAUGAUGGAUCAGUGGAUCUGAACAGUGUGGAUGAGGGUCUGGACGAACUUGAACAUGACGCCAAAGGGUUUUUCAGUCAAGGCAAGACCCUCCCAAAUGUUCUGGUGUACACCGGUGGCAGUCAGGAGCGCUAUCAGGCCAUCCUCAAGGUUUUAUCAGAGUGCAUCAAUGUUGAAAACAGCAUCAUCUAUCCUCUCCAGCCGCAGCAGGCACUGAGCGACCCCUGGCUGGAGAACACCAGGCUCCUGGUGCUGGCAGAUGAGGGGCCCCUAACCCCUGAGCUUCAGACCCGCUUUCUCAUCUACCUAAACCAGGGCGGUAAGGUCUUGGGGGUGGGCUCCGCCCUCUGCCCAGCAGGUCUGCGUUUGGAAGCCAGGGACGGUUGCCACAUGCAAGUCAGGAGGCUGACCUUCACCAGGGAAGACAGCACAGAGCUGGAAGUGAGCAUUUUGGCGAGCGGGAAGGUCUACAUACGGGACCCUCUGGGAGGGGGAGAGGUGGAGCUCUGGGGGGAGCUGAAAAGUGACGCCCCUCAUCCGAGGGACAUGGUCAUCGUUCGGGUGACCCACGGAGAGGACGGAGGGGAAGCUGUUCUUUCUCAGGUCCUCUUUGACGUCACACCAGAGUCUCAGAAUUUGGACCGAAAAGGCUUCGAUGAACUGAAGCUCGGCAACAAGCUGCGGCACGAAAUCUUGACUGAGAUCCUCUCCUCUCUGGGGCUCAACUGCGAACCAAACCGGACUUUAUCCGAAAGCCCGGUCCACCUGCUCGCCACCUCUAAGGAGGCCAGAACCAGCUUCAUGAAGUGGCUGCAGACAAAGUCCAAUCAAAAUGCAGAGUUCAAGAUAUCCAAGACGUCUUUCCGGCUAGUGUCUUCCUCUGAAGUUAAGGAAGGUCCCGUAUCGGCUGAAGGCUCUUUGGCCCUCAUCACCGACUCCACGGGGUCGCAGGAGUGGCCACACUUUAGUUUUGAGACCUACAGAAAACACCUGAAGAGCAGCCUUCUAGGAAACACCGUGCUGUAUGCAGAGGUCACCACGUCUACCAUGGAUCUGCUGGAAGGCAUGACUCUACACUCUCCAAAGGAUGUUGGUUUAAUAGCGAUAGCUGCUCGUCAGAUCCAGGGUAGAGGUCGGGGAGGGAACGCCUGGCUCAGCCCUCUGGGUUGCGCCAUGUUCACGCUUCAGGUCCAAGUGGAGUUGAGCUCCAAACUGGGACAGAGAAUUCCCUUCCUGCAGCAUCUGGCUGCUUUAGCUGUGGUGGAGGCUGUUUGCACUCUUCCUGGAUACCAGGACAUAGACUUGAGAGUGAAGUGGCCCAACGACAUCUAUUACAGUAACUUGCUGAAACUCGGUGGGGUUCUGGUGACUUCCACUGUUCUGGGAUCAACUUUUUAUGUCCUCAUAGGCUGUGGCAUCAACGUAACCAACAGCAACCCGACGGUGUGCAUCAAUGACCUGAUCCAGCAGUACAACAGACAGAACGGCUGCAGCCUGGAGCCUCUCAGCUGCUCCUUACUAAUCGCUCGCACCGUAAACUGCCUGGAAACGCUCAUCGGCCGCUUUCAGCAGGAAGGUCCAGACGGCGUUCUGCCCAUCUACUAUAAGAGAUGGCUGCACAGUGGAACUCAUGUGCGUCUCUGGAGCGAUGAAGGACCGCAGAUGGAGGUGGUGAGUCUGGAUGACAACGGCUUCCUGCAGGUCUACAGUCAAAGCCAGGGUUUGGUCUCCUUGGAGCCUGAUGGGAACUCGUUUGACAUGCUGAGGAACCUAGUGGUCAUCAAGCGGCGCUAAGAGCAACAUCCCUCAUAUCUAGCACAAGCAGCACUUCAGGAAAGAAACGGACGUUUAGACAGUUUACUUUUAUUUGUCAUUUCUUUACUUGGUUACAGCACGUUGAAGUGACUCUUUUAGAAGAAUCACCCAGAGUUUCAAAUGUGAAGCACAAACCAUAAAUGUGUUUUUUAACUCCAGUUUAUUCACAUUUCAACAGCAGUGGGAGAUGUUGAGCACGCUCACUCCACAGGUCGUACAUGCAGCUGAAGCAUCCUGAACUCUUCUGUUUUUCACGGAAAGUGGUUUCUAUGCACAAACACGACUGUCACAGGAUGUCGCCAAAGAGAGCCCAGGCAUUUUCAAAAUAAAACUACUCAACUCAGAUUAUUUUUUCACAUUCCUACAUGAUGCCUGGCAUUAAGCUGAAAUCCAUCCCAGCAAAACAUUACAGAAAAAUGUAAUAUAAUGUAUCUUUAUAGCAAGUUUAGUUUGAAUGAAUAAAUGCAGUUUGUAUAUUUGCAAAAAUGCUGGUCAGACAUUCCUGAAGAACCUCAUUUCUAACCGAGACACACGUAGAAUGGAAUUCAUGAAAGCAUUUUUCAGGGAAUCGUCUUUGAUUGGCAGCAAUGCCGUAGACAACUGGAGGGAUGGGUAGAUACAUAAAUGUACAGGUUGCUGCUUUAAUUGCUAAGUGCUGCAAGGGAUUUCAACCUUAUUAACCACCCAGAUGACCUAAGCUGAGCAUUGAAAAAGAAAACCGGUGUUUUUGGAGACUUUGUGGCGUGAUGUCGCAUCAGUACUUAAUUUUUCAUCAGAAAAAAAAAAGGUUGUUCCAGAAAAAAAAGGUAGUUUCCAAUUUGGGAUAAAUAUUUAUCAACAUUCUUUAAACUUGAAUUUUAGAGAUAUUUAUUAUGGCAGCAUUUCUAAAUGCUGCUGCUUCACAAUUGACUGAUGAUAGAUUUGGGUCAAAGAGCACUUGAAUGAACGUACCUAAUAAAGAUUAUGUGUGCCAUAGUCAACAGCAAAUAAAUAUUUUUAUGAUAUAUUGUAUAUUUAAUCGUUAUUGGGGGAAAAAUGGGAAUAAAUUAUUCUAAAUGAACAGUGAUCAUUAAAAGUUUGGUGUUAAAUAAACAUUUUCUUUAAA